UAAGAUUAUUUAUUUGGUAAAAAUGAAGAUUUUAAAUUCGAUGGAAAGCCUGGAUUUAUGUUGCUAGGAGACGAAACCUUUUCAUAAGAGUUACACAUUUUAGCAACGUAUUUGAAUGAAAGUUUAUGCUCAAUUUCUAUUUAUGAUUAAUUAAAUUUCUAUUGCUAUUGUUUCAUUUCAGAAUGUAUUCAUCUAUCGAAGCACCAUCAUCAAUUUCAUCCGAUUUAAAUCAUAAACAAUUUCGAUAUCAUUCAAAUGCCUUUAACGUACACCCAACUGCCAACACGACAAAAACAACAGCCGGAGCAGCAGGAACAUUGGCCCCUAUAUCAAAAGGAAGUACCAAAUCAGUUAUAAGGCCAUCAACUGAUGCUCAUAUCAAGCAGCAGACGUCAUCAAAUUUCAAUAACAAUAGCUAUAGGAAUAAAUUCUCUUACGGUGCCUAUGAUUCGACUUGUAGUAAUAACAAUAUCGAAAAUGUUAAACAUAACAUUAGGACGACAAUGUUUAAUGAAAAAAUUAUACCCCGUGGGCCUUACUUACAAUACAAAAUGAGUGAAAACGACAAUAAGAGUAAUUACAUGCAGCCGAAUUACUACCACAAAACACCAUCAAAUGGCAGCGGAAAUGGAAAUGUGGAGGCGCUUAAAGAAGAAUUUGAUGGGCGGGGAAUUUUACCGCGUGCCAAAAUUACAAGCAAUUCGGUUUUAGAAAAAUCGGGUGUUGAUUACAAUUUGCGAACACAAACGAUCGGACGUUAUCGCCCUGUACAACCAACAGCAACAACCACAGCAAAUAUUCAAUUGAAGAAAGCGAUUCUUUACGAGAAUGCUGUUCAUUUGAACAAUGAAAAUCCUCACAACUCUUUGCGACAACAAAAUGCUUUCUCUUGUCAUACGCUGCCAGUUACGCGACGAGAAAACCAACAAAAAGAAAUGAUGAGUGUUCGUUCUGGGAACAGCUUGAAUUACAUCACACUCGAAAGUGCUUUGAAUGUUAAAAUUUUUCAUCAACUUACUCCAACACAAGGAUGGGCAAUGUUAUGUCAAUCGGUUCAAGCCCUACAAGAUUUGUUUUUAUCAGAAACUCCAUCAAUCAAUCGAGUUCUACCUGUUAUAACACCAAGAAAUUUUUUAUUAACCACAAGAGGUCGAGUCGUGUAUGGAUUAUUGACAAUCGAUAACUAUAACGAAUAUAUGAGUGAAUAUCUCUCAGAAGAAUUCAAGAAGACGAUGGCAGGAAAGAUUCUAAACUACAACGAAGCAGAUGUUGAAAAGAUGUGGAUUUAUUCGCUUGGAAAAACUCUAAUGAAGACAAUGCCGACAAUUCUUCCACAAGAAGGAAGUGAACUUUCAGUGCAACAACAACACCACAGCUCAAUUGUGUUGCAGGCAACAAUUUGGAAAAUGUGCAAGAGUGUCGAAGAGCGAGCAUCGUUAAUGUUCUUGUUGAAUUUCAAGCGAGCGUAA